CCUGUGGCCUGUGUUACGUGUGCACUGUAGGUUUUGUUCAGUAUGUUGAAGACUGACCUAGGGAGGGUAAAGAAAGCUGACCACUAUGGGAGAACACUGUCUUGGACGUCUGGCCUGCAUUCUGGGCUCCGUUCUCUUCUUCAUCAUCAGCCUGAUCUUCAAUGGACUGGCUGUAGUUGGAAUAUCCCCCUUCACCAGCACCACAGCCAACGUGUCGGCAGUGUUUGACACACAGGCAACCCCCAUAGGAUGGACCUUUAACAUCUGGGCCCUCAUCUACAUCUUUCUGAUCGGGAUGAAUGUCUACAUCAUCGCUGGCCUGUGCAGAAUGAACAGCUAUGGGUAUGUGUACUGCAGCCCCCCAGUGCUGCCCUAUGGCUUCUUCAUCAGCUGGUGCAUCAACAUGGGCUUCAACAUCGGAUGGCUCAUUCUCUGGGACCAAGGGUCCAUGCUUGCCGCAUUGAUGUUCCUCCUGGUGGUCAUUGUGACCAACUACGCCAUGAUGGCCUUCUCUUGCCACGGGCUCCAUGUCUACGGAGCGUGGCUCAACAAGUACCACCGAGUGGACCUCUGGCUGCUCCGCAUCCUUGUCCAGAACGGCCUGGGUCUGUACACCACGUGGACCACCAUCGCCACUCUGAUCAACCUGAGCAUCGUCCUGACCUACGACGUCCACCUGACCCCGCUGGACGCCGCCACCGUGGCCUAUGCCCUGCUGACCGCAGUGCUACUGGGCUGGUUCAUAUUGGAGAACUUUGUCAUCGAUAAACACAUGCGCUACACGCUGACCAUCUACCCCGUGGUGAUCUGGGCCCUGUCAGGGAACCUUGUGAAGAACUUUGAUGCGACAUCCCCUAACCGCAACGGUGUCUUUAUUGCGGUGCUGCUGGCUGUAGCCUGUUUCCUGUUCGCCACGAGGAUCAUUCUGGUCAUCUGGAGAAGCAUCCAACACCCGCUGUAUGAAGACGUGGAUCCAGCGGACAUGCAGCCCAUGGAGGCAGCGGCAAGACAGAAGAAGGCGCUUCGUUGAAGUGCUCGUUAUUUAAAUAUGGGACGAUAUUAUGUAUCGGAUGAUAUUUGUUGGCAGCACAUUUUGUCUUGUGUUUAUGGUAGAUCAAUAAAUCUAUAUCUGAUAAAUUAUAAAAUGCAUUGUAGUAUAAUUUGCACAAAAGUAGGCACCAUUAUUUGAUAUAAAUUGAAAACUGAUUUUCUGAUAUUUUAUGGCCCUUUCAUGAUGGUCAAAAAAACAGAGAUAAGAAAACUGAUAGAAAACAGUAAAAAUCCCUUUGAAGAUUUUUUAUUAAUCUACGAUUCAAUCGCAUGCCUAACCCCUUUAAGUUGAUUGUUGUAUUGUAGUUGUGUUGAAUAUAAAUGGAACAUGUAAAUAAAUUAAAUCAACCAAUAA